GGCGUUUGUACCGUUUGGUCGCGUCAGUCGCACGUCCGGAGUCAUUGUGGCCACACGCCCUUGUUGCCAACAUUACCGCACUGAAUGUUAUUGUCACGUGACAAAUGUCACAUGCUCGCCGCGAAAACUUUUGUCUGACGCGUGCGUUUCCGAACGCGAAUUCGACCCGGAACUUUUGGCCGUGGUUUGUUUUCGAAUGAGACGUGCGGUAUCGGAACUCGUCGGCUCGCAGUUCGUAUUUUGAAUUUGGAAAACUUUUUGGCGUACUUUUCAAAGAGUGGCUAAUAAUUCAAAUAAAGACUUUUUCGUUGGCACUCGGACUUUUCGGACAUGUGUGGUGUAAUCGUGCUCGUUUUCGCCUUCCUGGUUCUUCCGGACCCUUCCUGCUCCAACUCAGAUAAUAUGGCGCUUCUUCUGGGAACUUUGAAAAUGAUGCAGCGUGCUUCUUGUGAUGAAGAUGAAGUGUCACUCGCAUGUCCUACAGCUACCACGAUCAGCAUUCAAGUGGCACAGUAUGGGAAGGCUGGGAAGGACGGCCAUAUUUGUGCAUCGCUAGGCUCAAGUGCUGUUGAGGUUGUUGAAGACGAGAGCUGCUUAUGGCCAAACACCAUGCAGGUAAUAUUUAAGAGGUCGUGACAAAAAUGUGCAUUAGCUUUUGAAUACUCGUUAUAAAACUUAAUACCCAGUGUGAUAAUGGAAAGUAUGAAAAAUAGUAACACACAAGAUGCUUGUUCAAAAAUUAGAUUCGGUGCUUUCAAGUCUAGACUACGAAAACAAAAUUUAAAUGUCCAAAACUUAAUUUUAAAGUAAAGGUGCCGACGGUGAUCAUCUUUCUUUUUUUCGUUUUUCAUGCGGUUAUAUUGUCCACGUCAAAAAAUAAUGUACGAGUAUUACAUUAAGUUCCCAUUAU